AUGUCUGUGGUGGCCUACAUAAAUCGUCAGGGCGGCAUCAGGUCAGGCAACCUGUAUGCUAUGGCGAGGGACCUCCUCAUGUGGGCACAGGCCAAUCUGAGCUCUCUGAGAGCAGCGCAUAUCCCGGGCGUCCAAAAUGUGGGCGCGGAUAUGCUCUCACGGGGCAACACUCCCCUAGUUUCAAGAGAACACCCAGAUGAGCGGAGGAUUGUGCUGCUGGGAAGAACUGGAGUUGGGAAAAGCUCAGCAGGAAACACAAUCUUAGGAAGAGACGCGUUUACAGCAAAAACAUCUGUACAGCCAGUGACUAAAGAGUGUCAGAGAGAAGUAGCUGAAAUCGACGGCCGACACGUUACUGUGAUCGACACUCCAGGACUGAGCGGUUCUGAACCCAUGACUGAUGAGGAGAUCAGCCACUGCAUCUCCAUGAUCCUGCCUGGACCGCAUGCCUUCAUCUUCGUGCUCAAUGUAAGACAACGAUUCACUCGAGAAGAAGCAACAGCAGCGAAGAUCAUCCAGGAGAUGUUCGGUGACAAGUCUUUAAUGUUCACCAUGGUGCUCUUCACCGGAGGAGAUUGUCUGGAUGACAUGACUAUUGAAGAGUAUCUGGGAACUACACCUCCUCUGGUGGAGCUGACGGAAGCAUGUGGAAACAGAUUCCACGUGUUCAGUAACAAAGAAACUCGAGACCGAACACAAGUGUGUGAUCUACUGGAGAAGAUAGACGACAUGGUGGAAGCAAACAGAGGGAGUUUCUACAUGAUGUUCAGACAUAUGGACAGAGAAGCACUAGAACAACAGAUGGAGAUCCUGAUGGACAGAGUCAGAGAAAGAGAAGAAAAGAUCAAGAAACUAGAAGAAGAGAAAGAGAGUAUGGAGGAAGAACAACACAGAGAUCUGGAGCCGUUGAGGAUUGUGCUGAUCGGGAGGACAGGAAGUGGCAAGAGUGCAACAGGAAACAGUAUUCUGGGAAGAGAUGAGUUUGAGAGUCAGCUGAGCAUGAGCGCAGUGACGACCGACUGUCAGAAGGGAGUUUCUGGAGCUGAUGGACGAUCGGUGGCUGUCGUUGAUACUCCAGGUCUCUUUGACAGGACAUUGCCCAAUGAUCAAGUGAUAGAAAACUUAAUGAAAUGUAUCUCAAUGUCAGCGCCUGGACCUCAUGUGUUCGUCAUCGUGUUGCGUUUGGGAAGAUUUAACAGAAUGGAUAUGGACACUGUGGAUCUGAUAAAGAGGAUCUUUGGUCCAGAAACUGCUCAGUUCAGCAUGGUUCUGUUCACUGGAGGAGACGAACUCGGGAAAGAGUCUGUAGAAGAUUAUGUGGAGAGAAGUAACAGCGCUGAACUCAAGAGACUGAUCCGAGAUUGUGGAGACAGAUUCCUGGCUUUCAAUAACAGAGACAAACGAGACCGAACUCAAGUGAUACAGCUGCUAAACAUGAUAGAAGAGCUGAAACACACGCACGAGGGUCGAUGCUUCACUAACAGCAUGUUCGAGGAGGCAGAGAUGGCCGUUACAAAGAGAACCAAGGAAAUAAUGAAUGAGAAGGAGAGAGAAAUGAAGACUCAACAUGAGGCAUUAAAUGCCAAGUACGAGAUGGAAGAGAAAAACAUGACGAAGAGACUCGAGGAAGAGAAACGAAGAGUAGAUGAGGAGAGAAUAAAAACGCAGAAUCAACUGAGAGAAAAAGAGGGAGAACUCAGAAAAGAGUUUGAAGAAAAAGAGAAAAGAGAACAAAUGAAACAAGAGAUUGAAAACCAGAAACGAACAGAAGAAGAGACCCAGAAAAGAGUUGAAUAUCUUAAGAAAAUAGAAGAGUUUAAGAGAGAGAUUGAAAAUCAGAGAUUACAGUAUGAAAAACAGCAAGAAGAAAGAGAAGAAGAAGAUGGAAAAAGAGAAGAGAAAUACAGACGAGAUCUAGAAAAGAUGAUACAUGAGCACAAGCGUAUUAUAGCAGAGUUACAGAUGAAACAUGAGGAGGAAAUAAAGAGGAGAGAUUUGAGGCAGAAAAGGAGGAAUGAAGAAGAAGAGGAGGAGAGACAGAGAUGGAAAAUAAAGAUAAAAGAGGCUGAAAAUGACAGAAAAGAGAUUCGAGAGGAACUGAAACGACAGCAGAGAGAGUGGGAGGAUGGAAAGAAACGACAGACGAGAGAACGAGAAGAAGAAGAAGAAAAGAGAAAGAAGAAACAUGAGGAAAAGCUGAGAGAAAAACAAGAAGAACUGGAGAACAUGAGAAAGAUAUUUGAAAGAGAGAGAGAAGAAGAAAGACUGAAGAGAGAGGAGGAGAGACAGAAACAGAGUAGAGAAAGAAAAGAGAAAGAGAGAGAAUAUGAUGAAAAGAUACGUGAAAUGCAAAUACAUUAUGAACGACUGGAACGAGAGAGAAAAGAGGAGUGGGAGAGAAGAAAACGAGAAGAUGAUGAGAAACGAGAGGAAGAGAGACAGAGAUGGAUGAAAACGAUUGCAGAUGUGAAACGAGAACAAGAAGAGGAGAGCAAGAGACGAGAGGAGGAGGAGAAGGAGAGAAAAGAAAGAGAAGAGAGAGAGCGAGAUGAAAUGAAGAGGAAACAUGAAGAGGAGAUUAAAGUGCUGAAGAAGAAGCAUGAAGAUGAAGCCAGAGAGCAAGCAGAACGGACAGAUGUCAGAGAGAGACACGAGCCGAGCGUGCAGAAGAUCCAGCAGAUCCUGGAGGAACGACAGAAACUACAGGAGCAGAAAGAAGGAGAGAUAGAAGAGCUUCUGCAGGAGAUCGAACGACUGAAGAAUACUCCCAGCUGUGCCGUUCUGUGA